AUGGCCAUUGAUCCUGACCGGCUCGAAACGAUUACGGCCACUGGCAAAGUACAAAUUCCCCUCCGAGACCUCCCGACCAGUGUGGCAUCUCCCGCUGAUGGCCUGCUGCUUUUCAUUGAAGAUAUCUUCCUGAAUCUCGUGGCCCGUCAAAUUGGUAGUGUCUCCCUAGACAGCAUCGAGAGGUCCAUUACAGGUUCAGGCGACUCCGCCCAGCUUAACUGGUCCGACUAUGAUGAACCUGGUAACAAAUAUACUUCUGGGGACAUUGAACACCCGCUGAACCUCAUUUACGCAAGCUAUGCUGCUUUCCUUCAUCUUGCUUCGGGGACUCUGGUUGAUCUCAGGCAAUUUGGAGAUCCCAUCCUCUACCUCUUCGUUUGUGGCUUUGUGCUGUUUGAUAUUCUCGCAUGGGUUGAUUCUGGGUCAGUUAUCCCUCGUCGAUUCCUCAAUACCAAGGGACAGCGACUGAUUGUUCGGGAACAUCUCAUGAGUUAUGGACGCCUCAAAGGCCGGACUACAAUAGCCCGUCAAAGUCAGCUGAGCCAUUCAUCAUACCAAAGAGACUUCGCAUCGGAGAUCCCACGAACAGCAUGGAGUAUUUUCAAGACACGAGGUUCGCCUAACGAGACCAAUUGGCCAAAUGUGGAGCCUGUUGAGCUUCCCCAUAUCCUACCCAAUUCAUCUUCGUCCACGCAGGAACACGAGGUCGACACGAAGACACGCAUUUCCCCAGAAACCAUGUCACCAACUCCUGUCAAUCUUAUUAACCGAUCCCUUGUAUAUGAACCAUCUGGGCGUCUCCGCCCUUUCAAGGCCUUGACUCACCCCUGGUUCACCUCCGAACCACCGUUACUUCUACCAGAUGACUUUUCUGUUUCGUGUAUCCAUGGUGAGACCCCAACAAGCCUUAGCUGGGGCGAAAAGUCUCUGGGAGAAUGGAUUUUGGAUGUUCAUCCCAGUGGCGCAAUUUGA